GACUUUUUCGAAUGUGAAAAAGAAACGAAAAGAAAUGGAAUAUAACACAAAAACGAGAAAAACUAACAUAUUGAAAGUUAUAUAGUUAUUUGUUUCUUUUCUUCUUCGUCGUUGUUUUUUUUUUUUGUGUGUGUUUAUGCGAUAAAACCUAUGCUCGCUCACAUGUUUUCAUUCGGUUCGUGACGCUAUUUGUUUUCAACAGCACAGCAAUUCGAAUAGAAUAGCGUAGCAAAGGAAAAAAAAAACACAAAACUAACAUAAUGCGGAUGGGAAAAGGCUGAAAAGAACAAUAAUGAAUUUCACUGCAAACAUGUAAAAUGCUACGGUGUGUGAGUGUUAUGUUGCAAAUAUCUCGUGACACAAAAUAUGAAUCUAAAAAAUUGGGUGAAUGUAAAAGAAAAAAAAGAAACAACAUGAUUUAGUGCAAAGAAAUCAUGUCAAAAAUACUGCAGCGACGCAAACAUUAGAAAUAAAAUUGUGUGAACACAGUCGUUUGUAGUCAGAGUCGUACGGAAACGGCAUUUUAAUUUUUGUUUCGGGUUUCAUUAAAAAUGGUGACGAAAAGGAAAAACAACAGCCAAAUGAGAUGUGCUCAUUAUUUAACAGUGCAAAGAUAGUGCAAAAAUUGUACAUAAACGUGAAAUCUGAAAAUUGAAUUAGCACUCGCACGAGAUUGAGCCAAUCGUCGAGGGACUAGUCACGAAACGACAAAAAAAUCAAUUUAUAUGAUGUGAUGUGUUUUAAUGUGUAAUAAACCAAUGCAAUUUACUUGUACUAAGUAUGUAAAUGAUUUAAGGACAAUGUGUGAGUGGCAAAUAAACAGUCAGUAAUGAUGACCUCAAAUGAAAUAUCAUCUUAGCAGACAUUUUAAUGAGAGAAUGUCAUUUCAUAUUUACUCAUGAAGAGAACUUUUUUAUAUUUGAAUACGCAAAGAUCAUAUCUAAACCUAAACGUAGGCAAAGUGCAUGUGAAUUUGAAUGUAAUUGAUAAACAAUUAUGAUGUGUACAUAUUUCUAUGACGUUGAAUGCAAGAAAAUAGCGCUGUAUUAAGAUUGUGUUGCACUUCAUUUCGCUCUCUGUGUAUGCGUUGGACAUUCAAAAAUUAGCUGGUAAUAAACAGCUCGUUCAUGUAUCACUAAAUACAAUCGUACAUCAAGAACAGUUUUAAAAUAUUGAUUAUUGAUUUGAUUUGAGUGACCCGAACCUCUUAAUUGGAUCGCCAGUAAUUUAAGUGUGACAUUAUUUCCAACAAUUGCGACGCUUUAAAUCGAAGCGGUGAAAUUACACUAAAUCAAAUCAUUUUCUUUAAGAAACAUUGCGCAUUAAAGAAAAUAAUCCAUUUGCUCCAAAUUGCCCGAAAGAGUCAAUUUAUUUGAAUGUAUCGGGUGAAAGUGUGUGUACACGUUUCGUGCAAAGUGGGUGUAUUUUUAAACCGGGAAAAUAAUUUAUAAAUUUUUUUGUUUCUUCUUGAAAUCCAAUGACACGAAUGGCACGUCGAUUGAAUUCGGUGGCGCUAUGCGUCAUCAUUGUUUUAUGUAUUCUAUUGAUCUAUGCCAGCAAUCGAAUCUCACUGUCUCCAUUCUCAUCUGCACCACCCGACGAAUUUAUGCGAACCAUCAAAAUUCACAAUUCACAUCGACAAUACAAUCAACAAAAUUAUUAUGCAAACAAUAACAACAAUAAUUAUAAUGCAAUCGACAAUGCAAAUCGACAUAGUGCAAAAUAUAACCAUAUCAUGCAUCCGCAUAAUACCGAACAACGUUCGCAUCAUAGGUUUAUCGGUGGUGCACAAACAUCAGAAUCAGCAACCGUUGCAACCACCAAUUUCAUAAAUAUGACUGUGAGAAUUGAAGACAUCGUUGAGGCACAACGACAACGAAUUGCAUCGAAAAUGAAAGAUUUUGAGUAUACCGAUCAAAUGAUUGGGCUAUCAGCCCUAACACCAGAGACCAACGGACAACCAAUCCAAAGUGUUAUUUUAUCGACAUGGAGAUCGGGUUCGACGUUCCUUGGUGAUAUUUUAAAUGCGAUGCCCGGCAACUAUUACCAUUACGAGCCAUUAUUGUACUACGACAUACAACAGAUACGUGGACCCCCAGAUUCAACCGAAGCCAUCAAUACGCUUCGUCAAUUGUUGAAGUGCAACUACACCGGAUUGGAUGAAUACCUCGAUUAUGGCCAAGGGCAUCAUUUUCUAUUCACACACAAUACACGUUUGUGGAAAAAUUGUCAACUUUAUCCGCAAUUUUGUUGGGAACCAAAUUUCCUAAAUCCCUUCUGUCGCCUAUUUCCCUUCCAAAGUAUGAAAGUGGUGCGAUUACGUGCCGCACUGUCUGAACCUUUACUCAUCGAUCCUGCAUUAAAUGUACGAAUAGUUUUACUGAUCCGCGAUCCGCGUGCAACGAUUCAAUCACGAAAACAUCGUGACUGGUGUCCCGGGCAGAGUGACUGUGAUAGUCCGGCAAUAUUAUGUAAAGACAUGGUAUCCGAUUACAAAGCGGCCGAAAUCUUAACAAAUAAAUAUCCAUUACGCUUUAAAGCAAUACGAUACGAAGAUCUGUCGUUGGACCCAUUCAAAAUGACGAAAGAAAUAUUGAACUUUUACGGAUUACCGUUCGAUGCGGAUGUUGAAGAAUUUUUAGAUUCACAUACUCGCACCGAUAUUGGUGGCGUAAGUUCGACAUUUCGAGACUCAAAAACAGCACCAUUUCAUUGGAUGCGCGAUUUAAGUUGGUAUGAAAUUGAACAAAUUCAAAAGCAUUGUACCGAAGCGAUGUCAAUGUGGGGCUAUAAAAAAGCCGAAAACGAAGACACAUUGAUGGGUACGAUUUUCAAUCCCUUAGUUCAAUUUCCAUUUGCCGACAAUACAGCGGCCGCCGUUGCUGGUCUUGCUGCACAAAACGAACAACAAAGUGAUAGAAAAAACGGUUAAUAACAUAACGAUGAAGUAAACGAAUAGAGGAACAUACACUGAAAGAACGCACACAAAAUGCAAACGCAGUCAAUGGAAUCUCAUGCAAUAUAUUGAAAUAAACAGAGCACACACACACAUACACCUAUUUUAAAAUAUGUUGUUAUCAUUAUUUAUGCAGAAACAUGCUUCCAGCUUUUUAUUACGGACAAGCUAGGUUAGCUCAGCUAACCACUUGCACUAGACACGCAAAAAAAAUACCAACUUUAUUUUUUAUUGCAAAAACUAACAACAACAGUUAGAUGUUUUAUUUGAUUUAAGUUUUGAUUGAUCCAUUCCAAUGCCUAAAAUGCACAUUCGCAAUUCCAUUCAAUUCUUUUUCGCUUGAUUCUCGUUGCAUAUAUGAGGUAAAUAUGCAGAAUGCAAGAGAAUUUGAUUGAGUGUGUGUGUGCUUGAAUUGGAGAGAAUGAAAGAGAUUGCAGAACCACUUGCAUACCAGUGAUACAACAAUGGCAAUUUAGGAUAGUAAUAUAAUUAAAAUCUAAUUGCACAUACCACAUCAAACGAAUUUGAACGAAGCAAACAAAAAAAAACAUCUUCACAUUUUUAAAUAUAGGUAGAAGAAAUCAUUUGUUUAGUCAGAUAUUGUUUUUAUAGUGUUUCAUUGUAUGGUUAAUUUAUUUAACGGUAUUUCGAUAUAAUUUGGAUCAACGAUAAACCGACGACAAAUUCAAAAAAAAAAAAAA